CUCCGACGGGUCCGCCGGAUGCACGAUGCGCCGCCUUGCGUCCCGAAGCCCCGAAUGCCUCAUUGACCCUGAGUCGGAGAGUCAGAAUAGAUUUCACUUUCUAUAAAGGGUUAACCGGAACUGCUUGUCCCAUCACAAUUUUUGAUCCCUCAAAGGGUUGAGCGGAAGUGCCUGUCGCACCACAAUUUCGCUUGCUUGGUGAAGGUCGUUUUGAGCAUUUUGCGAAGCGUAGGCGAAACUUAACGCCUCCGUGGACAGCAACACACCAUGCGGGACUUCACGCAUCUGCUCAGCUUGUUAGUACUUGCAUCAUUUCCGCAAUGGAUAUCAGGAACGUGCAUGAACCGGUCGCCGAAUACUGCGGUGGUUAAACUGACAGCGCCGUACGGAUAUCUCUGGACUCAUGACGAGGCGGGGGAGUAUGCCUCACUGUCUUCGUGCUCUGUGCUGAUAGAGCCAGUAGAUCCUUCGGGAGCCCCAGUGACGAGCAUCCACUUCGACUUCUUUGAGGUGGAAACCGAGGGAUGCUGCGACUUCGCUACCGUCUACUCUGGAGACACAGCGACAAAAGCAAAAGAGGCGCUGGUCUUUAGCGGGACCGAGUCGGUGUCUGUGACAGUCCACGACAGCAAAGCGCGAUUCUACUUCAACAGCGAUGGGACCGUUAAUCGCGAUGGGAUCGCCGGAUUCUACUACAUCAACGGGAAUGAACCUGAUGCGUCGGUGAAAGCGACACUGAGGUGCCCUUUCGAUUGCUAUGGGCGGGGAAGCUGCGUUAAUGGACGUUGCGUUUGCGAUAGAGGAUACACGGGCGGACUAUGCAAGAACGACGACUUGGUUGUGUUGUACCAAACCUACGACGCCUGCCAGGGGCCGAAGUGGGAUGCAAACUGGGAUCGUUCUUCAACUGUGACCCCGUGCGAUUUCGCUGGCACGCCCGAUGCAUGGAAAGGACUAAUCUGCGACUCUGGGAGAGUCAGACGAAUGGAAAUGAGCAAUAUGGGUUUGAACUGCACUGGAGUAGGGCUGCCGGCUAGUCCGCUACCACGAUACCUCGAUUACGCCGACUUUUCAAACAAUGAGCUUACAGGCAUUAUCAAUGCCAGCUUCUGGACGGCAUGGUACAUCACACAAAUCCGAAUAGACAAUGCAAAAAUCGAGGGUCCCAUUGCCGAGUCGGUUGGGGGAGCCCCGAAUCUCAAUCUCCUGACGAUGUCAAACAACCGACUGACCGGAGCGCUCCCUCAGACACUUGUUCGUCUCGCCCAUCUGGAAGAGUUCAAUGUUGAGAACAACUUGCUCUCGGGAUACGUACCGAGCGGUCUUUCAGCCCUACCACAUGGACGAUUUCUCUUGGCAGGCAACAACUUCUUCUGCCCGGUACCUAACAUCCCGCAAAUCGAAACGUCAUCCUGCCACAAUGUCACUCUGGAAUCUGUGCAUCCCACAGCUGCACUCACGACCAGCUCUCUAGUCGUUCAGAUCACUGGAGCGGGGUUCCUGCAGAAUCUCGACACGACGCAAUGUGUGUUUGGAAACACUGUGUCGCCGCGGACGACGGUGAUCAAUGGCACUCAAAUCGAGUGUUCUGUGCCGCCGCAGACCGCCGGACGUACAACACUGCAACUGCAAGCGUUUGGAGCGCCGGCGUCUUUGAAUACAUUGCAGUUUGAGAUAGAGCAGGACUGUUCACCUGGAACGUACUUGGAUGCCACGAAUAGAACGUUGUGUCUGGUUUGUCCAGAUGGUGCAAUAUGUCCGGGUGGUGGGCAGCAACCAUAUCCGCAGUAUGGAUAUCAUCAGGCCAUUAAGGCCAUGGUCUUCUUGCCAUGCUUCACUCCCGGCGCCUGUCCACAACAGCCGGACGGAGCUUGUAAAGAGGGUUUCACCGGGUCGCGGUGCAGCGAAUGUCUUCCCGGCCUUCAUCUUGUUGGCGAGGAGUGUAUUGCGUGUUCGGCGUCGGAUAAAGCACGACCGGCUGCUAUUGUGACGCUAUGCCUGGUAGCGUUGUGUGUGCUCGGGAUCUAUCUGGCGAUCAUGCCACUGAACUACACGUCAAGCAAUUUGCUACUGAUGUUUGUGCAGGUGCUAGGAGUAGUCAUCUUCAAAAUACCAUUGAAAUGGGACGCCUUAUUCGACAACUUGCGCAUAGGCUUCGGAUCGUUUAACAUCAACUUUGAAAACGUGGGCGUUUCCUGCGCCCUCGGGACAGACUACGACGGAUGGAUCUCCGUCGUUCUGUUCCUACCGAUGAUCAUAGCAUCCGUGCUGGCUGCGAUGUGUCUCGGAUGGGCUCUCUGGCGUGCGCUCGUGAAAAAGAGCAAACCGCUGGGCGAGGCGUUACGACGGGCGGCGGAAGUCACUUCCAACGGAUCACUUGCAUUGCUGGUUAUUGGGCAUAUCCCUUUAGCAGAGCAGUUUGUGGGAGUGUUCGAGUGUGCGACGGACGUUGAUCGGUCCUAUGUGCUGAACCAUCCGGAGGUGACGUGCUAUACGGAUGCGUACGAGCAGAUUAGGAAGAAAGCGGUAUGGGGAUGCGUCUUGUAUGCUGCAGGGAUCCCUGUUGUGCUGUGUGUUUUGUGCGCGUACAAUCGUAGACAGUCGGACAAGGCGACGGUGGUACACCGGAUGGGUGUGUUGUUCGAACUGCAUCGGAACGAAUGCUGGUGGUUCGAGGCGUACCGGUGCAUCUACAACCUCGUCCUGCUACUGUGUCCUGUGAUGUUGACGGACUACCCGUUGCUCAUCACAGCGGUUGUCUUGUUGAUAUUGAAUGUGGAUCGAUUGCUGGUGCGGAUAUUCACCCCGUACCGAUUUCCGCACACCAACAGAAUCUACGGCCUUGUGGUCGAAGCAUGGAAUGGAAUGUGUUUCGCGGGAAUAAUGUUCUCUACCGAAGCACUGACCGACCCUCAAAGAAGCGCACUGGCUGGAUUCAUGAUUGCAUGGAUGGUCGUCAUGUUCGUCGUGCUGGGCCACAGCCUGCUCUUCGAAUGGCAGCUCCUCCAAUGGGCCCGCCUCACCCGGCUGCCCCUGAUAGGCCGCUUCUUCAAAUCGAAGGGGUACAUGUACCUCUUUCCCUACCAUCUCAACAAAGAGGGACGACGACUCGUCCGGGAGCUCGAGAAGCUGCCCGUCUCAACCGACGAGAAUGACCCGUACCCUCUGAUCCAUUUCGAGGCGAUACAUGCGACGACGUCCGGGUCGGGUCUGCCGACGCUUCCGCGCGAGAAGGCGGCUCAGAAGGGGAUGCCGAAUGGGAUCCGCGUACCGAAUGGGACCGAUGGGGAUGAGGAGGCGGGGCUUGGGAAACAGGGGAAGGAGGUGAAAGAGGUGAAAAAGGUGAAAGAGGCAGGGGCGUCGCUUGUACUCCGAACCGUCGAGGUAGAACCGCCUAUGAGGAGGAAGUUGAUGGGUUCGGAGCUCUCACAUGGCAAACUAUAAUUGGACGGUUUUUUGUUGAGGAUGGGAUGUACUUAUUAAUGCCAAAAUCUGAAUCCAAGCACACUGGCAUUUUGGAUGGUGGGAGCAGCACAAUGCACCUGGACUGCAGACGGCAGAAGGCAUUGCCAGCGCAU